CUAGGCAUUUCGUAGUUGUACUCAUACUCCAUCUCUCAUUGCAAGCAAAAGGAGGAUGGAUGAGGACGGCGCAGAGGAGAAACGGGGGAACAGAACCAACAUGGAGUAAGUGGGAUGUGAGGAUUCUGCGUUGUCUUUUAAAUAUUGAUUUGUGCUGUGGGUGACGGAGAUGUUGUGGCUUAAAGCAAUUUUAUAACGUUAAUAUUUGAGGAGGAAUUCUAUUUGGUGAUAAGAAUGCUCAAGGAGCAUGAGACGGAGGUAGCGGAUAUGUUCUAAUUACUGGCAAUACGCGAUAUAUCCCUCAGAAGUCAGAGGUCGGGACGGUCAGGGCUAUGGCAGUUUUGCCCGGCGAUCCUUUUACCGAUAUAAUAUUCAGCAAUAAUCGAGAUUAAAUACCACCUCCUACUCAGAAGGAUUCCAAUUACUUGAUCCUCAUGAGGCGUGUGAUUAGCAACAUUAGACUAGUGGACGUGAAGGUGGAACCGCUUUCUUCUAUUCGUCCAGCCUGUGACUUGGAGGUACAAACAUUCAGUCUCCACAUCUUAUAAAAACGAUGGCAAUAUGGGUACGAAAGGACUUAUGAAAAUCGUAGAUUUGAUUUGCUGAAAAUAUUUCAACUCACACUAGGUGUAGGGAAUGUGAGAUGGACUCUCCGCCAUCCUGCUCGCUAAGUGCCACUGGGCCACUGAGUGACCUCGGCAGCAGUGGACUUGGAGGUUCUAUAUCCAGUGAUUCUGUGCGAGCACAUCUUGCUAUUGAGAUGCUGGAGAGUGAUCUGGAAAGUAAAUCUCUGUCGCAAGAUUCAUUCGAUUAUUCUGAUGGUAUGUGUCAAGAGAAUUUCAAUACUUUAAAAAAAGGGCCUGGAUGGGCAGAAAUAGAUGGUAAAUUGGAAGUGGAAGUUGUCGACGUUGCGAUUAAACCUCCUCCAGAAUUUCAAGACAGUCCAUCGCCGCCAGAUUCGGUAUCUUCGGCGGCGCCGAUUCUUUGUUAUCCUCAUGCAACGCGUCGUGCAACACCGAGAUGGAUUGACAAAAUGGCUGAAAUGUUGAUGCAACUUAUAGUGGAAGAAGCUCUAGUCAUAUCCUGCAGGAUUUCUUGGCCGGAAGGUAGAAUAGCGCCAGGGUCAAAUCCCGUACCCAUAGUCGCAACAAACGCACAAAAUUCACGACUCUUCUGGACUUCGGAUCUGUUGACAUAUUCUCCUCCGUGCCAGGGAACGGUCGCGAUAACGCCCUACAGUACACUUAAUCGUCCGAAUUCUCGUUGCUCCCUCUCAUCCUCACGCUUAUCUAGCUCCCAUAAUUCACUGAAUACCUCGGGUCUUAAUCACAAAGCAGACGACAGCAGUUUUAUUACAUCGGCAAUGUCUCAUGACGUUUUAACGACUAGUGAAAUUAGUGAUAUGUAUAACGUACCAUUUGAUUCUGAUAUUUAUACCGUACCUAUAGACAUGGUACGACCCUUGCAUGAACUCAGAACACCUCAGAGACCCAAGAGGCACAGGCAUCAUAGGAAGAGACGGAGAAAUGUGUCUGCUAGUUCUCAAAGUGAACUAGAAGCGCACAUUCAACAGGCGAGACAAUAUUGUGGCAAGCCUCGUGCCAUCACCCAUGUUAUCAAGUCUCAAAGACUUUUAACGGAAGUGUGUUGUAACGAAGCAGCUAAUGGAAAGCGUCACAGUGUACCAGGAACUUCGGGUCGUCAUCCGUCUCAAUCUUCUAAUAGCCAAGCGCACAAUAUUGGCGAGCCGAUCCACAUGACACUGCACGAAGUGCGCCAGUACUUGCAAACAUUAUAUUCAAGCUCCAGUGAUUCUAGUGAAAAUAAAAUAAAACGUGAUAAAAUACCUGCGAGUCAAACACCCAUACAUCUAGCAGCGCCAAAGGGUCUUAGUAUAAAUAAUAACAAUAGAUAUAGUAAUCCCCAUACAGACUCGUCAACAGACACCCCAAUUUCUAAUAAAACGAAUAACGGGCUAGUUCACAAUAAUAAUAACAAUGCUAAUUUUAGAAAGCAUAAAAAGAAUGCAUUCGCUAAUAUUAAAAAUAAAAAAGUCAAAGACGAACAACAAAAAGAAAAGGCUGAUACUGAAAGAGAGAAGAUGAAAAAGUCACAGCGUAACUUCUCAUUAAAUUUAAAACAAACUCUUUGUAAUAUCUUUAGGUUUAGGCGUCUUGGUUCUCCGGAACAUUUUGUAGGUAAACGAAAUAGUAUCGUUCAAGGUGAUAUUGUAGAGGAAGAGGAGGGCAUUGACUCUGAUCAACAUACCAAUAACAAUAAUACCACCACCGAAGUUGAUGGAGCCACGCAAAAGUUGCCUUUUUUUAAACGCGCACUACCCCCCUUGCCUAAAAGUAACGGACAACUUAGAGUUGAACAAGCUGAGGAUGCGCUCACCGCCAUGGUGCCAAAACCUGAAUCUCCAGCGCCUUCACCUCUGGUACCAGUUCAUCUACCAAAAGAUGAUGACGAGGCUGCUGAAGAUACCAGCAUGGAUUUUGCUGCAAGCAUUGAAAAAGUGAAAGAUUAUGGUUGGUAUUGGGGACCGAUAUCUGGGGAAGCGGCAGAAAAAAUAUUAUCUAAUGAACCGGAUGGAUCAUUCAUUGUUCGAGAUAGCAGCGAUGACCACUACAUAUUUUCGUUAUCAUUCAGACUCAACAGUUGCGUGAGGCACGUGAGGAUAGAGCAUGAUCAGGGUAACUUCAGUUUUGGCAGUUGUACCAAAUUUAAGUCCCAUACUAUUGUGGACUUCAUCGAAAAUGCGGUUGAACAUUCGCGCAGCGGACGUUAUUUAUUUUUUCUUCAUCGGCGGCCUGUGUUGGGUCCGAUGCGUGUUCAACUCCUUCAUCCAGUAUCAAGGUUCAAGCAGGUACAAAGUCUGCAACACAUAUGCAGAUUUGUUAUACUGAAAAUGGUACGCAGGGACUUAAUUCCCACUCUGCCUUUACCUCGUCGCCUCAUCGAUUACCUAAGCACACCUCAUUACUACAGCGAACAACUUGCUGAACAGGAUGAUCGCGCAGAAUCACCUGUUAGCUCUUCUACCGGCGAACUGGAGAAGAUUUGUUUUACGCCACAGGGUUUGUCGUGAGGUCUAUACUUUCUGCCUGUCAAUCAAAAACUUUCGUCUCAAUUAAAAAAAUACAGCUUAAUUGAAUUUUUUGCUUUAUCAGUUUAUAAAUUAUAACUGAGACGUAAAUAAUUUACAGAAUGCACUACCACACCUGCCUAAUUAAAUAGGAAUGAUGUGAAUCUGAAUAGAAUCUGUUUCUCAAAGAAAGGAUUCAAAAUAAAUUUAAAAAAAAUAGAAAACCAAACUUGGGUAGCCGCCGAGGCUAUGAGGAAAACUCACAAUUAGUUUUCUUCCACAAUGAACUCAACAUUUGACUACAAACUAUUGUUUAGAGUCGAACAAGUUAUUAAAUACGUGAACGCACAUAGAAAACGAAAAGCAAAAGAGAAUGAGUAAAACAAAAAAAACACGCAAGAUUCAAGAAUUACAAUGAACUUGGUAAAAAAAAAAAGAAGUGUUUGUAUCAAUAAUUUUAAUAACCAAGUGAUAUCUCCGUAGCUGGCCUGUCCGUAUAAUCGGUCAGUCCAUUGAUCAGUCCAAAUUGUUGGUAUUUAUAUUUAAAAAUAAGAUCUAAACUGUCCAUGAGAAUAAGAGUACUUUUCCCCCAACGAGCUUAUGGUAAAUCUAAUUGAAACAAUAUUCAAGACUGGUGUAGUCAAUUAAUCAAUGAAGCAUGUUGAAAAAAAAAUUUGUUCAAAAAUUCACCAUAUCGUUAUAGUUUUAACUUUAAACCUGUGAAAUUUCAACACACAUGUUUCUCUUUUGCUUCGGUCAUUGCUCCCUGGUAGUGUAAUUUUUGAAAAACUUUCGACAAUUUGACAAUGCCAUUACUUUGUAUAAUUUUUUUUAAUACCUGCACUUGGUAAUUGACCACACUGAAUUGUCAUCCCUGACAAACCCAGGUGCCUCUAGUCUGUACACGGGCUGCAAUCUCUUCGAAUCAUUAAUAAUCAAUCAAUCAUUAGCCUCGUUGCAGCUUGGAUCAUUUUCUGAUAUAUCGCACUCAUAUACCUAAGGAAUGAGUCUGGUUGAUAUAAAUUUUUUUAUUUAAAAUUUUUCGUUUUUAUAUUACAUUCCUACAAUUUUAUUUUAAGUCUUAUUUAUUUUAAUUAGGAACAUAAUCAUCAAUAAUACAUGAAAUCGGAUCUUAAAACCAAGAAAUAUACCAGCCGGUGAUUACCGACACAAGAAAUAAUUGUAGACGCAACGUAUUUCCAUAAAGCGACGAUGCAUUUGGUUGUAUGUACAAAUAAACAUGUCCUGGUGCUCCUCUGAACAUUAUAAUAAUUAUAUUACAAGGAAGAUAAAACAUUUUACAUUAGGCGAAAUUGAAUUUCUUGGAAGUUUUAUUUGUUGUUAUUUUGUUUUUUGAAACGAUAUUUUGUCGUAUAAUUUUAUUUCGAUGUAAGAAAUAUGUGAAAGUUACAACUGUAUACGGGCCUAAACGAGAAGCUACAAGAGCUUUGUACUUUUAUAUUAACCUAGGAAAGGUGUUGUCUUCUUAAUAUCCUCAUAAUUAUGGCUAAAAGACUGUUACAAAACCUAUAGUAAAAAAAAGGAAAAAUAAAACACGAAUGCCCCUCUCACCGACUGAUGAAACCGAAAUAAAGUCUUGAAAAACGCAUCGCUGUACUUGCACAUCUCUUACAGAUUACUAAUUUUUCAAUAAGCGCCAUAAUUAUCAAACCUGUGGAGAGAAUUUUUAAUAUCAGGAUAAAAAAAAAUGUCAAGUUUCUCUAAAAAAUAAUCCUUGCGUAUUGGGUUUUUUCUUUCAUUAGAUUUAUAAUCAACACUCGUAUAAGAUUUUUUACGAUAUACUUUUGAUAGGUACAUGUACGAUGUGAUGGAGUAAUUUUACUAAAAAUUAUUUCACAUUUUUACGUAAGUGAAACGAAUUUUGUAAAUUCAGAGCGAAUAUGAACGUGGAAGGAUUCUGUGAAUGGAAUAUAUCGUACUAUUGUAUACAUAAUGGAGAAAAAAAAUUAUGAGGCGUGAUUUUUUUUUAUUUUUCGCAAUCGGUUAUCUCAAGCAAAACUAGUUUGAGAAUGUCAUUAGUUUACAAGUAAUCUGUUACUUAAAAAAUAGUUUAUAUUCACUCGCAUAUUAUUAAGUUUACAGUUCAUAGUUUUUGUUCCAAACAUUUAAAUUUUAUUUGAAAUCGUAUCCACACGUCAAGACCGACAUGGAAUAAUUGUUACAUUAGCGGACAGACCAGCCGUGUGAUUGUUCAAAUUGUUCAAUAUAUGUUGCGUCAAGUUUCA